UGCAGAUCUGUUUUUCUUGGUCGAAGAACCCAGCCAGGGUUCUACUCAAAUUUACCACCCAGAUACCCAGACACACUUAUCACCCCAUUAAAAAGAAGCUGGUCACCUGCCUACAUGUGUGGAAGACGCACGUUGUGGAUGGCGGCACUGCCACGUUGAAACGGGGCCGGGACUCGGGAGAGCCUUUCCUCCUGAGCAGGUGACUAGCCUCCACAGCGAUAGACGCGGUCUCUUACUAGCUCGCUAAAUUGUCUUAGGGGAGUAAUUCUCUAAAACGCGCGACCUAGUUGCUGUGCCUAUUCUCCUCGGUAUAAGUCGGAGUGUGAGGUGCAUCGUGGCGCAGGAAGCCGUUUCGUCUCACUUGCAAAAUCCUACCAUGACAGUGUUAUUUCCUACGAACUGGCUCAGCGCAGUGGUUUCCGCGAUUAGGAGGCCGGUCAGAUUUAUUACGACCAUUUUUUGGUUAAUUGCAUCUGUCGUCUUCUCAUUGCUUGCACCAUCUGUCCCCCACUCAUCAUCGAACAACCUCAAUUUCGGCCGUCUCCCAUCCCCUUCACCAUUGAACAAAAUCCUUCCCACUUCAUUGUUAACUUCUGGAGUACGCCCAAAACGAUUUCACUCUCACAAUGACAGCUCUAGAAAAGUUCCAGUGUACCAUGCAUUAAGCCUUGGUGCCGGAAGCAUCGAAGCUGAUGUUCGAGUUGUGAAUAGUUCCUUGCUGGUGGGGUGGAGUAACGAUCCAGACGUCACAUUCGUGUCUUCGUAUGUGAAGCCUCUCGAAGCCCUGUUAGACGCGUGUAAUUCAAAGGCUGGGGGACGCAAAAGGGGGAUCUAUGACGUUGCUCCCGAGCUACCGCUUCAGUUAAUGAUCGAUUUGAAAUCGGAUGUUCAGGUAUCAUUUCCGAUGGUCUUUGAGGCGCUGGAACCUCUCAGAAAGAAAGGAUAUCUGACCACAUACUACUGUCAAACGGGACAGAUUCAUUACUCUGCGAUAACCGUGAUAAUCACUACUCAUGCAAACGUAUUCGAACUAGUUGAGGCACUCGAAGCACGGGACAUGUUUAUGGACGCUCCGCUACUAAACAUCAGGGAUCCAUCUCUCACUCCAACGAUCAGCCCUACAGCUCACAUGUCCUUCAUUCGUCACUUUGGGAACGGAUGGAUGAUAGGGCGGCACCGUCAGGAACUGCGGAGACUCAUUGAUGCCGCUCAUGAGAAAGGGAUCAUGGUUCGUAUCUGGGAUGUUCCCAAUAGUCCAAAGUGGUUCAGAAAUCGGAUAUGGAGGAUGCUGUUAGAUGAGGGUGUGGAUUGGUUGAACGCGGACGAUAUUGACGCAGCCGCUGCUUUCUGAGUCUGGCAUCACCAUGAG